CCCUCAGCCACCCAGGCUGCCCUCUCCGCCGCCGGGCGAUGCUGGCCCACGCCGACGCCAGAGUGGCCGCUCUGGAGGCACAACUCCAAGCCCUCCAACAAGCAGCGAACAGCGCGGACGAGGCCGUGAAUGCCAGAGGUGCCUUGCUUAUCGACCGCUUGCAGGACAUCCCAAAUCGCGUCAGGGAGGUCGCCACCCACGGGGUUCGCCAGGGGGCUGCAACUGCUCUGUCCAUUGCACAGGUCCGCUUCGGGCAUGAGCUUCGCUAUUUGCAGCCUGGCUUCCCAGGGGAGGAUGAUCCAGCAGAUUACGACGAGCUGAUCAACGACUUCGAAGGAGCUGCAGAGGCCGUUGGCAAUAUAGUUGAUGAAGAUGGUGCUGUAAAUAAUGUUUUCUUUGGUCGUUAG